AUGACCCCCCCACACCCGCACCAAGCUCAGCUCACAAUGCUCACUGCCCACAUCCGCCAGCUCUGGCAGACUUACGACGGCCUGAAAACACUCGUAGACACCACCUUCGCAGCGCCCAUUCCCGACCCCAGUAUCUGGCAGCUGAUGACUGGUGCUCCCGUGACGAGCGUGGAUGUAGAGAGGGCGGAGUGGGAGAGGAAGCGGUGGGAGGUUGUGAGGAGAAUGGAGGAGGUGGUGGUGGAGAUUAGGGCGUGGGAUGAAAGAGUGGGGGCGUUGUUGGUGUAG